AUGGUUCAAGACCAAAAGAAAAGAAACGAUAAGCCCUUGGGCUUCCUUGGAAUGGUAAAAAAAGGAAAUAAAACGCUCCUUAGCGCAGCAUUAGGACUGUUUCUAGGAAUUGUAAAGUCACAACUAGACCUAGCAGGAGAAAUAUUCAAAGCUGAUCUGAGCAUGAAGAGCGGAGAUCUUAAAAAGGCAGAAUCCAUAUACAAAGAGAUUUCACAGUACUUUGGGAACAGCGGUGUUUUCCGAGAAAAGUAUGCAGAAUUUCUUAUGUCCAGGGGAGAGUAUGAUGAAAUAAUAAAAAGAUUUGGAGAGGACCAAGAAAUGAAAGGAAAGACCACAAGAGCCAGCGAAUGUUUGUCCAUAUUGCUUAGUAGCAACGUCCGUCUUAUCUCCACAUUAGUGAAAGAAAGCCCAUAUUCGGGGCCUGUUUUGAGGGCAUACAUUCAAGUAUGCCUAAUAGAUGAGAAACUAGAAGAAGCAGCUAAGUUCAUCAAAAAGUCAAGAGUUAUGUUUCCAAGCGAACCAGAGUUUAUCCAUCAGGAGAUGCAACUAUAUUUCUUAACGGGAAUGUUUUCGGCGGGUAUCAAGGAGUUAGAAAGCUUGGGAUAUAAAGGAAUAGCUUCUUCGUUUAAGAGCAUCUUGGACUCCUAUGAAAGAGUGAAGAAGAGUAAUUUAAGUAGUAAAGAUAAGUAUAGAAAGCUAGAUGUUCUGGCACGAAGUAUUUCACUCAUAGAGAGUGAUAGCAACUUUUUUCCAAGUAUCUUUUCUACGUUGAAGCUGAAUGUAAUCUUGGAGUUAUGCAAAAAUGGGAUCGAAAGCGGAGAGAAAGGGCUUACAAACCGAGCGCAGUAUCUUUACUCGAAGAGAAAGAGCGAGGAUGCAAUGUAUUUGUACAUUAUGGCACUAGUUUUUGAUGGAAAAAUAAGCGAAGCCGAGGAAAAGCUUCAGGAAUUUAAGUUUCGAAACACAAAGCUCAAGAACCACAUUUGGAAUCAGAUAGAGACGGCAAAAGCGGAAAAGGAGAGGGAAAGGAAAGCGAAGGAAGAAAGAAGAUAUAAAAAACGAAGAUACAUGGAUGGCAGCCAAAGGAUGUCCAGAAACAAAGGAGAUUUCCUAGGAUAUUAUAAAAUACUUGGAUUCAAAGAAAACCAAAAGCCUUCAGAAAAAGAGAUAAAAAAGGCAUAUCGAAAGAUGGUUGUUGCAAAUAAGAAGAGGAAAAAAACUGAGGGAGAAGAAAAAGAAUGGGAAGAGAAUUUUAAGAAACUCAAUAAAGCCUUCGGGGUGCUUACAGAUAAAAAGAAGCGAGAGAUGUACGACGGGGGAAUAGAUCCAGACAAUCCACAGCAGACAGGAGGGUUCGGGGAAGAUCCAUUCCAGGAAAUCUUCCGAGGAUUUGGAGACUUUGCAGGUUUUGGCUUUCCCCAAGAAAGAAGAGGGAGAAGAACCACAACUACAUACUUUUAUUUCUGA